AUGGCCCACCAAGAUUCGAAGGCGACGCGGAAUACUGCAGUACCACGCCGUAGUAAAAGAUACUACCAGGUGUCGGCUUUCCUCUGGACCUUCUUGACCUACGUCUGUCUGCAUGCUGUGCGAAAGGCUUUCUCUAAUGCUACACCCAACAUGAAGGAAUACUAUGGUUACUCUACUACCUUCUUUGGCAUUAUGAAUACUCUUUUUAUGCUUUUUUAUGCCAUUGGUAUGUUCUUCACCGGACCGCUGGGAGACAUCUAUCAUCCAGUUAGAGUGUUCUUCCUAAUGACGGUGCUCUGUUGUGUCACUCAAGUCGUCUUCGGCUGUAUGGUUACUUGUGUCACACGAGGCGGAUGGUAUUACUUUUAUUAUCCUCUAUGGGUUCUCAACGCUGUAUUCCAGUCCGGCUGUUGGCCCGCUGGUAUCCUCAUCGUCGGUCAGUACUUCCUCCCCAAGUAUUACGGCACAGUCUUUGGUAUAUGGUCUAAUGACUCCAACGUCGGCAACAUCCUAGGAGCUGCUAUGUGCACACUAAUGAUUGAGAUAUUUGGUAAUCAGGCAUCAGUACCAUGGCAGUUCUUCGGCCCGACAGUGGUCCUUCUGAUAGUGUCUGCUCUAAUGCUUUACUUCCUCCCUCGGGACCCGCAAUCGGUCGGGACCGUCAUACAUCCUGUGAAUACUCUAGAGGAGCCUCUGACUGCUGAAAGUGGCGAGUCCGAUACAGCAGCCAGUGAAAUUCUGGAGACUGAGAGAUUGGAUUUCUUCGCAGCGUGGCGUGCCCCAGGAGUGCUCAGAUACUCCUUUUCGUAUGCUUGUAUCAAGGGUGUCAACUACGCCAUGUUCUUCUGGUUACCCCUUUAUCUCACAGAACACGUUGGUAGGACCUCUGCAGAAGCCAAUGGGUAUGAUAUGCUUUUUAAUUUGGGUGUUAUUUUUGGUACUCUCGUAUUAGGAGUUAUUUCUGACUACUGUACAGCUAAGUGCGGAGAUUCUUGUCGAGCCCCGCCCAUGUUCGGGUUCCUAGUCCUGGCCAUCGUACCUAUCGCCAUGCUACGUGUCGACUAUCCAUCUGUCUUGUACCUGUCUGUUACGGUAUUCGCAUGCGGUUUCCUCGUUGGGUCCGUAUCCAAUGUCCUCUCUAGCGCAGUAUGUGCUGAUCUUGGCCAUAAGAUGCCCAAAAAAGCAGUAGGACAGGUAUCUGGCAUUAUCGACGGAAUGGGAGCUAUAGGAGCUGCUCUGAUGCAGCUGCUGGUCACGGCUAUCGCACAGGUCUUCAGCUGGGGUGCUGUUUUCGUUCUACUACCGGUGGCGCUAGGAAUAAGCGCUGUAAUGCUCGCUGGGAUGGCCUAUACAGAGAUCAAAGAGUUCGUGCAGAAGGUUUGA